CAUUUUCAUGCUUUCUUCAACCUCCCACUUCCAUGUUUUUCUUCUUAAUUAAUUAAGAAGAGAAAUCGUGCGUACGUAGAUGGAGGGAGAUUUAUUGCCUUUCUUGGCGAUGGUUAUCGUGCAAUUAGGCUACGCCGGUAUGAACAUUAUAUCUAAGCUCGCCAUGGAUUCUGGAAUGAACCCUUUCGUCCAUGUCGCCUACCGCCAAGUCUUUGCUACCGUCGCCAUUGCCCCUUUUGCUUAUUUCAUGGAGAGGAAAACACGGCCUAAAAUGACACUAUCAAUCUUCUUCCACAUAUUUUUAUGUUCCAUAUUUGGGGUUACAGUGAAUCAGAUCACAUAUUUUGUUGGGCUGAAGAAUUCAACUCCAACUAUUGCAUGUGCAUUGACUAAUAUUAAUCCUGCUGUCACUUUUAUUAUGGCUCUUCCUUUUCGAUUAGAGAAGUUGGGAGUGAAGAGCAAGGCAGGGCAAGCAAAAAUAUUGGGAACGAUAGUGUGUGUUGGUGGAGCUCUACUGUUGUCAUUCUACCAUGGAUCUGCUGUGGAUAUUGGUGAGUCCAGUAUUCAUUGGAACUAUGCACACAAGACAGGAACCAACAACUCCAUCAACCAUGUCAAUUUGAUCUUGGGGCCCUUUCUCCUCAUCGUUAGCGCUGUUUCUUGGGCUGUCUGGUUAAUUAUUCAAACAAGAGUAAGCCAGAAGUAUGCAGCUCCGUACUCAAGCUCAGCAUUGAUGUGUCUAAUGGCAAGUGUUCAGUGUGUGAUCGUCGGGUUCUCCUUCGACCAUAAUUUGUCCGCUUGGUCGCUCAGUCCCAGCAUUAGGAUUGUUUCGAGCGUCUAUGCGGGUAUUGUUUGUUCUGCACUUGCAUUUUGCCUAAUGUCAUGGUGUAUAGAAAGGAAAGGUCCUCUAUAUGUAUCGGUGUUUAGCCCGUUGCUGCUAGUUAUUGUGGCCGUCCUUAGCUGGGCUUUACUUGAAGAGAAGCUCUACGUUGGAACAGUUGGAGGGUCAGUUCUGAUUGUCUUGGGGCUAUACGGAGUGUUAUGGGGCAAGAAUAGGGAAAUGAGCUCUAUUUACCACAUUGAGGAAGUAGACAAGGCAACUCAAACAACAGCUUACGACUUAGAAUCACUCUCCUCCCACCAAUCAAAAUCGGGCAUUGAUGCUUUUCACGUCACAGCUAAGUGAAUCAAAGAUUGAAGAUUUUCAUGUCAAAAGCUCUGUGAAACCCCUAGACUCGUAAUUCUUUCUAUAUUGGUGAAGGUGAAGAAUAAAUAGAAUUAUACACAUUCCCUUGUUAUUG